AUGACGUUCCUUUGCUGUAGAAGUGACUCGAUUGAUGAAAAUCUUGCACUAAAGCAGGCCAGAGUACUCAUCGAGGAUGCCGAAAAUUACCGUUCGAUAAAUCAUAAGCUGGACAAACAUAGUUUGAUUAUGUAUGAAUUGUCGCACGGUCUGCGUUUAACGAUACUUCAUCGAGCUUCCUUAGUGAUAUUGUUCUUGCUUCCAUUCUUCGAAUGGCCUUCCUCCCUGACAAUGUCGUCCGAUAUCAGGUUGAAACUAAAACCUCCAAAUCUGCCAUGUGGAGUCACAGAAGGAAUAGAGUUUUUGUGUUUGUUGAUCAUAUCUAUUCAAUCAAUUUUGCUGUCAGGAGCAUUUGGACUUCCCUGGGUUCGUGAAAAUCCGUGGUUAAUUGGAAAAUAUAUUUUCCUUGUAAUUUAUCUUUUGGAUCUUAUAGUUUCUUUGUCACUUCGAUGCUCCGAAUAUUAUCGCAUUCGUCGUCUUAUUCGGCCGUAUUUUCUCAUCAGUAGCUCACAAUUAAUGAAGAAAGUUUUAAAGUGUUACAGAAGAACACUGCCAACACUUUUUAAUCUUCUAUUCCUGCUGGGAUUUUGGUUAAUUUCGGCUACUUUAGUUGCAAUGUGCGUUUUCAAUAAUCCAAAUCGAGAUUUAACUAAGAAUAGUAAUACAGCUAGAAAACGUUUUAUAUUUUGCUUAAUAUUGGUUGGAAUCUCACCCGAAAAAGGUUGCUUGAAAUUCUUCACGUUCGGUGGCUUCGGUCUCUGGUAUCUCAUCGAUAUACUACUAAUUUCGGUUGAAACUGUUGGGCCUGCCGACGGGUCGUCGUUUCUUCGACCAUACUACGAUCCUAUAGUGAAACUUCUCUGCCGGACUAACUUCACAGUGUAUGCUGGUUGA